AUGUACAAGCACAUCACGAGGUUGCCCAACUAUCUAUAUUCUGUCGAGGUGAGCGAGGUGCCGCGAUUCCGCGAGACGCCACUGACAACUGUAGGCAAAUCUAUCACUCGCGAGGAAGUCUUCGCCUAUACUAAUGGUCGAUUUCUUGUCGACGAGCAGCGUCAGAUCGAGCGACGGUUUCUGAAAUUCAACCUAGAUGCUCUUUGCGAUGUGGCUGCUGCCGCUGGUGGAGGCACAUCUCGGAUAAGAAGCAUCGAAAAGUUCGAAGGAGGUUUCAGCAAGGUUCUGCUGAUGAAAAUGGAGAGUGGGAAUGAAGUGAUCGCAAAAGUCCCUUGUCGUAUCGCUGGGCCAGCCACCUUGACGACCGCCUCGGAAGUAGGCGCUUUGAGUUAUGUAAGGACACAUACAAGCAUCCCCGUCCCUCGGGUCCUCUCUUGGUCUUCAGAUGAGUCAAAUCCUGUCGGGGCGGAGUAUAUCAUCAUGGAGAAAGCUGCAGGUGUCCCAUUAUUUGAACAAUGGGGCGCGAUGGCAGAGAUUGAUAAACUUGAGCUCAUUAAGAAUCUCACCAAGCUGGAGGCUCAGCUAUCAGCCAUCUCAUUCCCUGCAUAUGGUGGGUUAUAUCUGCAGGAAGAUGCGGUCGGCCUAAAACGUCAAGACCUUGAUGAGAUCAUUGAUCCAGAUACUAGCUUCUGCGUUGGUCCAUCACCGGAUCGUUCAUUUGGCGAUGCAACCACGCAUCCCUCUCCUCAGAGUCCAAGGUUUGAUCAAGGGCCCUGGAAUACCCUAUCAGAUCUUGGGGUUUCAAUCGCAGAGCGAGAGUUGUCCCGAAUAUCAGAAAAGCACCCAAAGACCCGAACAGUGUUCUAUCAGGGGACCCUCUCAGAGCAGGUCCAGCUUCUUGAAACCACAAAAAUCCUCAUGCGGAUGCUGGACUCACAUCCGAUUCUAGCCCGCGCCUCCCAGCCUACGCUAUGGCACACUGAUCUGCACAUGGGGAAUAUUUUUGUUUCUCCUGACGAUAACUCACAGAUCGUGUCGCUGAUCGAUUUCCAGUCCUUGUUAGUUCUCCCAUUAUUUCUUCAAGCCCAGUGGCCCGUGUUUCUACGGCCUCCAUUGGACUACCCCCAGGGGCUGGUGCAGCCCAAGCUACCCAGCGACUUCGAACAGUUCGACGAAGAAGCCAAAUCUGCCGCUCUACAAGAGUGGACCCAGACAAAACUAGCGAAAGCGUACGAGGUCUCCACGUUCCUUGAGAACCGAGUCGCACACAAGGCCAUGAACGUACCCCGUGUUUUCCGAGAACUAUUUAUUCGCUGUGGAGAGGUCUCUGAGGUUGGAAUCGUGCCACUCCGGGAAUGCCUGAUUGAGAUCUUCCAGAGCUGGUCGAGCUUGGGCUUUGCGGGCCAAUGUCCUUAUUCCUUUCGUGACGACGAAAUCGAUGUCCACGGACGCCAAUUUGCCGAAUACCAGGCCUGGAACGACGUCCAGCAACUUGUUCAGGAAUGCCUGGAUACGGAUGCCGAGGGGUGGGUGGCUCCACAGCUGGAUUUUGCUGAAAAGCAAAGGCAGAAUAAGGAGCUGCUGUCUGUGUACAUCAAGCAGAUGGCGGAAGAAAGGUCGGCGGAAGAAGCGAAAGCGAUGUGGCCAUUUCCUGAUACAUGAAGG